UAGAUAGAUGUAACAUGUUAGAUUAGAUAGGUAAAAUGUUUGUAAUAAAUUCAAGAAAUUAAAUUGUCAUAAUUUGUAGAAUUUACGAGAGGGCAGUACGAUCGAUAAUAUCUUGAUUCCACCAAUAUAAGGUUGUGACCUUUGAUAGCAGUGAAAAAUAAGUGUAUCAGUAAUAUCGUUGUUUAAAGCAAAUAGGUUAUAGAAUUAAUCGUAUUAAGAAUAUUACGAGUUUGAUUGUUUUUACUCAAUUGACAAUUAUGGUAGAUACAGUAGGAAAGGUUAUUAAAUGCAAAGCAGCAGUUGCAUGGAAGGAAAAACAACCGUUAUCUAUCGAAGAGGUUGAAGUAGCACCUCCAAAAGCACAUGAAGUACGUAUUAAAUUAGUAGCAACUGCUUUGUGUCAUACGGAUGCUUAUACUUUAAGUGGAAUAGAUCCAGAAGGUAUAUUUCCAUGUAUUCUUGGACACGAAGGUAGCGGUAUCGUUGAAAGCGUUGGAGAAGGUGUAACCGAGUUCAAAGAAGGCGAUCAUGUUAUUCCUCUUUACAUACCGCAAUGUAAAGAAUGUAAGUUUUGUAAAUCUCCUAAAACAAACUUAUGUAGUAAAAUCCGUGCUACUCAAGGUAAAGGUCUAAUGCCUGAUAGCACAUCUCGUUUUACAUGCAAAGGACAAUCUAUUGCUCAUUUUAUGGGUUGUUCAACGUUUUCUGAAUAUACUGUGGUAUCGGAUAUAUCUUUGACAAAGAUUGACAGUACUGCGCCAUUGGAAAAAGUAUGUUUAUUGGGAUGCGGUAUACCUACUGGAUAUGGAGCUGUGCUUAACACUGCUAAAGUAGAACCUGGAAGUACGUGUGCCAUUUGGGGUCUUGGUGCUGUUGGUUUAGCAGUAGCAUUUGGCUGCAAAACUGCUGGAGCGUCACGUAUCAUUGGAAUAGAUAUUAAUCCUGCUAAAUUUGAACAAGCCAAAACAUUUGGAUGUACCGAACUGAUCAAUCCCAAAGAUUAUGAUAAACCUAUUCAAGAAGUUUUGAUAGAACUCACUGACGGUGGACUUGAUUAUACAUUCGUUUGCAUUGGAAAUGUACAGACUAUGCGUGCUGCUUUAGAAUCUUGUCAUAAAGGAUGGGGUAUGUCUGUGAUCAUUGGCGUAGCUGCUGCUGGUGAAGAAAUUAGUACUAGACCAUUCCAGUUAGUAACUGGACGCGUAUGGACAGGUACCGCUUUCGGUGGUUGGAAGUCUAAAGACAGUGUUCCUAAGCUGGUGAACGAGUACAUGUCUAAGAAAUUACUUCUCGAUGAAUUUAUUACUCAUAAUUUACCAUUCGAGAAAAUUAAUGAAGCUUUCGAUAUUUUGCACUCUGGAGUUUGCUUAAGAGCAGUUCUCAAAUACUAAGAUUAUAUAUAUAUAUAUAUAUAAUCAUAUUUUUUACAGUUUAUAUAUAUUAAUAAUAAUUAUUAAAACUUAUUUUUCCAUUAAGGAUUAUAAGAAUUUUAUAAAUAUACAUAAUAUAUUUCAUUAAUA